CUCGCCAAGAAAAGAGAGAACUGGCUCAAUCCCGCCAAGAAAAGGGAUUCAUUCACUCAUACGAUUUCAACACCUAUCAUUUGGUAUCAGAGCAUGGGAUCCGUGUUUCGAUCAUGACGAACUCAGAGAAACCAUCAAGAGAUGAACUCAUCAAUCAGAUGAUGACAUCUUUGGAUAUUGCGAUGGCAUCUUGUCGUAGAGUCAUCAAGGCCUACGAUAGAGUCACCGCACCACUGCCGCAAGUUGAAGCUUCCAAUUCGGUAGAGGACGAUGUAGAAGAUGCUGACGGCGCAAAGCCUGCACCGCCGUUGUCGUCCUUCCCUUUUGUCGCACCGACGAGUGCCUCCGAACCACCGUCGUCGCAAAUCGAGACCACGACAGCCAUGGAAGAGGUGGAGAUCGCUACCCCACCUGUAUCGACAGCACCGCCACGGUCGCAAGCUGAAGCUGUAGCCGAUUCGGUAGAGAAAGAAGAAGAAGACGGCGCCGCAUCAGUUGCGCCUUCGAUGUCGACCUUGUCACCCACGACAACGUCGCCGUCGACUGUCAUUGCACCGUCGCUGCCGCUCGAGAGCCUGGACGCCAUGGAAACAGCGAAGAUCACCCUGCAACCAAGUCCCGUUGCGCCCCUGUUCGUCGCUCCGCCGCAUUGGAUGCCUACCGCUGCUGUUGUUGUUGACAUUGCUCCACUGUCGCCGCAGAUUGAAAAAUUAUUGAGUUCGCCGAUCGCAUCCCCUGUGCACACAGCAGACCUACCAUCGAUUGUCAUUGAGCUUGAAUCACCACUUGAACCAGCAGCUCUAACCGCUCCUUUUUCACCAAGCCUCGACGUAAAGCAUCGUCAUGUGGGAAAGCUGCAAACUUUGUUGGUUAAGGGUCGUACACGACAAAUAAAUGGGUACAUCCUAUCACUGGGUAUCAGAAUAACCACCAAAUGUGUUAUUUACAAUAGAGGCAGAAGAAUAUUGGGUCAAAUAAACCCUUGGAGAUUUAGGAAGAAACGUGAGAAUUCUCUAGGAAUGUUUGGUAUUGAUGGCUACUGUCUAAAUUGGUGGAAAAGAAAGAAGAAGGGUCAAGGUAACAUAGCUAAGAUCGUCAAGAAGUGGGACCAAAAUCUGCUUCUAAAGGGGAAGCUAGAGCCACCAACGUGGAGGGAAACCAUGCCCUGCACCAUAGAUUCGUGCUACAUUGAUGAAGUCUUCGACGACAAGAUAUACAAGUGGAAGCACGAGGAGAAAGCAACUGUCGCUGCUGACAAUGACAACGAUGAGUCCAUGGAUGUCGAUGCGUCCUUACCCCCAACAGCAAUGCGGGCGGCGGUCCCCUCGGCCGAAAAUCCCCACAAGCCGACCUUCAAGACUCUAACCCACGGAGGGGUGAUCAUUGAGAGGGUUUCACAAAGGAACUGGAAGCGUUUCAGGAAGCACCUAUUGUGGCCAACGGUUAUGAGCAGGCAAGUGACGUGGCUCGAGGAGAAAAUGAACGAGCUGAAAAGGGUUGAACGAGUUAUAGGAGGUGAUGGGCAGGCAGGUUCAGCUAUUUGAGUUGACUUAUAGAUUAAACCAAUUGACUAGUAUGGAUCGAGGAUGGAAACGUGUCAAGGAAGGCCGCUUCCCAUGGAUGAUACAACCUGCAUGUUCUCUUACAUUUUCCAUGAUUGCUUCAUUCAACUCGGCCUUGAGGACAAAGCCGUUUUUCAGAGGGUGGUAAUGAUAAGCCCAUAAUAAAGCCUCGUACCAAGA